UAAAAAUAUGAAAUAAGAUAAUAGUGAUGAUGAUAACAAUAUCAUAAAAUUUGAUGAAGAUGACAAUGGACAAGAUUAUUAAUAGUAAAAAUACCCAUAGCAAAAAACAAAAGUAAGAAAAAAUUUUUAGGAUGAUGAGGAAAUCAUUCAUGAACCAGGAAUGCAAUAAAUAAAUUAAGAUGAUUAGGGUUUGAAUAAUAUUAGAUUAGAAAGACCAAAAACAUCUGCAUAGGAAAUGAAAAUACAAUAGCAAAAGUAGUAGUAAAUUUAAUUUCAUUAAAUUUAAAACCCAAAUCCUAACAAUUUUUAACACUAAUCUGAAGAAUCACAUAGUGAUAAUGAUUAAAGGGAUUAACAUAAUGAAUCAUGUGUAAAUUUCUAAUCAGAGAUGGGUGAUCCAGUAGAUUAAGAAGAUGUGAGUUAACAAGUGCAUCAAAAUUAACCUUAAACUUUAUAAUUACAAGCAAUAUAAGAUGAUGAUCAACAAUAAUCUUAGUUACAAUAAUAAAAUUAAUAACCACCUCUAACAUCUUCAAAUUAAAGUUAAGUAUCUGUUAAUCCAUUUCCACAAAAGCUUGAAAUUUAAUAUAUACAAGAUUAAAUGAAUAAUCCAGAUUAAAGAAAAUAAUUUCUCACAACUCCAUUAAAAUAAGAUAGAACUCUAUAAUGUUAUAUAAAAAGAGAUAAAAGUGGUCUAGCUAGACUCUAUCCAGUUUAUCAUGUUUAUACAACAGAAGCAGAUGUCUACUUAUUCAGUGCAAAAAAAGUAGUUAUGAAUACUACAUCUAAUUAUGUCAUUUCUAUGGAUAAGAGAGAAUUUUCAACUAGGAAAUCUUGUUUCUUGGGUAAAGUUAGAUCUAAUUUUCUGGGAACAGAAUUCAUACUUUGGGAUGAAGGCAAGAAUUUUAAAAAAUGCAAAGACACAAGUUAAAUUAGAAGUUAGUUGGGAAUUGUUUAUUAUGAAAGUCAUAUUAUGUAGAAUAAAGGUCCAAGGAAAAUGAAAGUAUUAUUGCCUAAAGUUGGAGAUAUGAACAUACCAAAAAUAUAUUAACCUCUUCGAAGUAAUGAAGGGAUUUAAUUCGAUUAUCAAAAUAAUAAGAGAGAAUUCAUUGAAGAAUUUAUUAAUAAGCCUCCUAGAUGGGAUUAAAAGAUGAAAGCUCAUGUCCUCAAUUUUUAUGGAAGAGUAGAUCAACCCUCUGUCAAGAAUUUUCAAUUAGUCAAACCAAGCAAUCAUUAAUUUAUUCAUCUAUAAUUUGGAAGAGUUGAUGAUCUGCUCUUCAACCUUGAUUUCUGUUAUCCCUUAUCACCUUUGCAAGCAUUCUAAAUAUGUGUGACAUCAUUUGACUUUAAAUUUGCUUGUGAGUGAAUCAACA